AUGGUUCAACAGCAAGCUGAGGAGGCUACUCAGAACACAGGACACUGCUUUUACUGUAAAUCCAGAGACCCACAGACUUACAGAGAAGCACAGAAAAGCAUGAGAAGGGAUAUUAAGGAGGCCCAGCACAGGAGGAUGUACCCAUACAGCUGCAUCGGCAUCAGGUCAGGUCCACUCUACGCAGAGUUAACUCGAGGAAAGCAGCUGGCCCGGACGGAGUCAUGGUUUCUGCUUGUGCUCUAUGACUUUCAACCUACAAAUAUAUCACCUCUUACAGAUGCACAGGCCCAAGGUCCCCUGAUACCUUGGGCCCUUGGGCCUGUGCGUGGUAGGCCCAUCUGGAUUGUUAUUUUGUGGGUCCCUGUGAGUUUAUUCCUCGGCUUCAUCGUUUCUCAGACGUGGAGCGUUCAAGUGUCGUGGGAAAACUGGAACACUCGGCUGCGCAAUCAAGGGAAUGAAUUUGAGAAGCCAAGUUCUCAGCCGCACAUCAUUUUUAUCCUGGUAGAUGAUCAGGGUUUCCGAGAUGUUGGGUACCACGGCUCCGAGAUCAAAACCCCGACACUGGACCGGCUGGCAGCGCAGGGAGUCAAACUGGAGAACUAUUAUGUGCAGCCGCUCUGCAGCCCAUCCAGGAGCCAACUUAUGACCGGCAGGUAUCAGAUCCAUACAGGACUUCAGCACUCCAUCAUUCGAGCUACCCAACCCAACUGCCUGCCCUUGGAAAAUGUCACCCUGCCCCAGAAGCUCAAGCAAGCGGGCUACUCCACCCACAUGAUCGGCAAGUGGCACUUGGGUUUCUACAAGCGUGGCUGCCUGCCCACCCAGCGUGGCUUCGACACUUUCUUUGGUUCCCUGUUAGGAAGUGGGGACUACUACAGUCACUAUAAAUGUGAAGCACCUGGUAUCUGUGGCUAUGAUUUGUAUGAAGGAGAAGAGGCAGCGUGGGAGCAGGACCGGGGCUUGUACUCUACUGUAAUGUUUACUCGAAAGGCUAUCCGUAUCCUAGCCAGGCAUAACCCUCGCAAACAACCCUUGUUUCUCUACUUAGCGUAUCAAGCAGUUCAUUCUCCUCUACAGGUUCCUGCCCGCUACCUUGAGCGCUACAAGGGCAUUCCAAACUUGCAUCGUCGUAAAUAUGCUGCCAUGGUAUCCUGCCUGGACGAAGCCAUCCACAACCUUACGUUAGCACUAAAACGCUAUGGUUAUUAUGACAACACAGUUAUAGUGUAUUCAUCAGAUAAUGGUGGGCAGCCAUUUGCGGGUGGAAGCAACUGGCCCCUGAGAGGGAGUAAGGCUACCUACUGGGAAGGGGGGAUCAGGGCAGUAGGAUUUGUUCAUAGUCCCCUCUUGGUGAACAAAGGGACAAAAUGUCAUUCUUUGGUUCAUAUCACUGACUGGUUCCCCACUCUGAUAACCCUGGGUGAAGGGACUUUAGACGAGGAUCUAAAUCUGGACGGGUAUGAUGUUUGGGAAGCUAUCAGUGAAGGCCACCCAUCACCUCGUCAGGACAUUCUUCACAACAUUGACCCAAUCUACAUCAAGGCCAAGAAUGGUUCAUGGAAGGCUGGGUAUGGCUUAUGGAACACAGCCAUUCAGGCUGCGAUCCGUGUGGGCCACUGGAAGCUGCUGACGGGUGUGCCCGGCUACAGUGACUGGGUGCCCCCACAGACCUUCUCUAACCAGAGGCUGACCAAUCGUUGGCAUAACGAGCGUGUCCAUUGGGACCGGGGUAAGUCUGUCUGGCUGUUCAAUAUCACAGCUGACCCUUAUGAGAGAGUGGACUUGUCUCAGCGCUACCCACAUAUAGUGAAAAAGAUGUUAGUGCGGCUAGUACAGUACAACAAGACUGCAGUGCCGGUACGCUACCCAUCUAAAGACCUGCGCUCUAACCCGCAGUACAACGGGGGUGUAUGGGGACCCUGGUACAAAGAUGAGAGGGAGGAGCAAGAAGAGGAUGAGAGAUACAAUAACUUAUUCACCAACUAUCUUGGUAAAAGAAGGUGGAAGAAGAAAUCAAAGAGCAGAAAGUUGAAAAGGAAGGUAGAAGAGUAGCCUAUCCAAUUUGUGAAAGACUUCAGUUACCUUUUCUCAGGGAUUGACACUUCCAAUUUCAGGACUGGUCUCUUCAGAUGUGCUAACUCCAGUUUGUUUUAACUUAACUUCAGUUUAUACUGUAUGAAAAAUGAGGAUGGACGUUUUGAAAUGCCUCAAGAAUGGGGAAAGGAUACACUUGUUCAAACACUACUGUCAUGCCCAGACACAGCCAAGACCUCAUGUUAGUGUUAGGGGUGUUUAAAGAAUGUUUAUUUUUCCAAAUUCUGUUGCAUGUUUGAGCUCCUGUCACCUUUAGAUUGUUCUGUAGAUCCAGUUUUCUUCUAGAGUAGAAAUUAAAUCUUCCUAGACAGUUGCCAUAAUUUUGGUGACAGAAAAACUAACUAAGACAUAGUUCUAUUAUGUUGUUGAUUGCAGUGAUACAGUGUAAUGGAAACAGAUGUAGGAUUUAUUUUAUGUGUGAGCUGAUGUUCAUUGGUUUUAUAAGCACAGUUUGUCAGAACUUUAGAUGUUGUUCCCUCUUUUGAUGAUGUCUGGUCCGGCACCAGGCCAACCUGAAUGUAAGACAAAUUAACAAAAUAAAAGCCCCGAA